CCCACCCCGAGGUUCGCAGUUAUAAAAGACGCGUGCCGUGCCUCACUUUGAUGGAGUUCUCUUCGAGACCGCAAAGGUUCAGUGUCCUGCCUGGCAGUCUCUAAACAAGCAAAAAAUAAACAACAAAAAAUAUUCCAAGUGAAACUAAAACUGAAAAUAGUGUCAUUGAAAGAGCAUUUAAAGUGAUAUUACUGCAAAAUAGUUUACAAAAAUUCAAGCCGGGAAAAUGCAUUUCGUUACCAUCUCAAUACUAGUGUGCUGCUCUCUGGGACUCAGCUGGGCCAACGAGUGGGGCUAUCCGGACUUGGACAACAAUAAGGAUGCGCCGUUUCCCGAUUGGGGCGGUCUGUGCGAUAGUGGCAAGAGACAGAGCCCCAUCAAUCUGGCGGCCAAGUGGUCGCUCCGGGGCAAGUUCGAUGCGUUGAAGUUCCAGAAGUACCGCUACGUCCAGAAGAAUCUGGAAAUGGUCAACAAUGGCCAUUCAAUACAAAUCGAUGAUUUUGAUGAUGUGCUGGUGAUGGAGGGUGGCGGCUUGGCGCACGAGUACGAGCUGGAGCAGAUCCACUUGCACUGGUGGUCGGAGCAUACCAUCAAUAGCGUGCGAUACCCCCUGGAAGUGCAUAUUGUGCACCGCAACAAGCUCUAUCCCAACAUGACGAUUGCGACCAACUUUAAGGACGGCAUUGUGGUCCUCGGCGUGCUCUUUCAUGUUUCGAAUACACCCAAUGAUGCCAUCGCCUCCAUCAUCAAGAACCUGGAGGACGUGAAGGAAUACAGUCGCAUCAACAAGCCCGUUACGGUGUCCAGCUCCUUGGCGGUGGACGAUCUGAUGCCACAGUCAACGGGGAACUAUUACACCUAUGCUGGUUCUUUAACUACGCCAUCCUGUGCCGAGGCCGUGAUCUGGAUUGUGUUCACCGAGACGCUUCCCGUGACCCUGGAGCAGGUCGAGCAGUUCAAAGAAAUCGAGUACUCAAAUGGCAAGCAGUUGCACAACAACUUCAGGAACCUUCAGAGCAUUAACAACCGAGCCGUGGUCCUGGUCGAGCUUGAUGAUAAUCGUUCAGGCGCCGCAGCUGGUCGCACGGCCUCUCUCGGCCUGAUCCUGAUACUCGGACUGGCGGCCCAGAAGUUCGUCCUGUAGAUGCGGGUCGGAGCUUAGCCGAGCAGAAAGGAGAGUAGAAGAUGCAGAUGAGGAGCAGCCAUAGACAUACUCGUACCAAAGAAUGCACUGAAGUUCUCAGUGUAGCUACAACGAAUUUUUGAGAAGAUAUCCAUGACAGGGAGACGCAGAGACGCAGAGUUAAAAUACUCAUUAGCUAUAAUUAUAAUGCAGAACAUGUCAGCUAGUCAGCUUAUGUUAGAUUCAUCGCGUGCAAAGUUCACGAAAAUAUAUAACAGUCGCAAUAAAACCAAAAACAUUUUACACACA